AUGGAACAAGCAGCAGAAAGUGAAGAUAAACAAUUCAAGUGGGGUAAAAAGAGAGUAACUGGUGAAGAAAUGAAGGAUGUCCAAUUCUAUGAAUCUUUCACCUAUGGUGGUUCUGAAUAUUGUCUGUAUGACUGUGUCUUAAUUGGCGAUGCCACUAAACCAGACUCCUCAGAGUUAUAUGUUGGCAAGAUCAUCAACUUGUGGGAACACAAUGAUCAGCGUGAAAACUCGAGGAGAGUCGAGCUACUCUGGUUCUUCAAACCUUCUGAGGUUUCGCUGUAUGUUGGAGUUCAAGAUGCACUUGCCAACGAACUGUUUUUGGCUUCAGGAACAGGUGUUGGCCUCACCAAUGAAAACCGAUUGGAAGCAAUUUGUGGGAAAUGCAAUGUUCUAUGCAUCUCGAAGGACAUAAGAAAUCCUCAACCUUCAGAUGAAGAAAUCAAGUUGGCCGACUUCCUUUUUUACCGAACAUUUGAUGUUGGAAGUCGCAAAAUCUUAGAAAAGAUGGAUGAUAAAAUUGCUGGAGUUGAUGUUGAAUUUGUCUUUAACAGACACAAUUGUGAGGAAAAAGUUAGUGCUGUGCAGAAAGUUGCAACUGACGUACAUGGGACUGCAGAUAGUUUGAAACCAAAUCCUCCUUCAACCAGUGGUUCAGUUAGGCAGAAUGAAUGUAAAGGCAGUGAUUUUUCUGGUCAUAGGAAGAGCGAUUAUGGCUACAAGAAAGAAAAAGAUAAUGAAUGUCACAAACAAUUGGCUAUGAAAAAAUCUACAGUUCCUGAAGAAAGGGCUAACCAGGAUUCUGGUCGGCGUGAUGGUGGACUUUACUUUUGUAUCGAUUCUGGUUCCCGGAGAAAUGAUUGCCAUCAAAAAGACCAAGACAGUGAAGCUGAAAAGCACUCGAGUAAACAAACAUCAAGGCUUGCAGAGGAAAGGUGCAGUAAAGAUUUUUACCGUUUGGAUGACUUGUCUCGUAAGAAACGGAGGGUAGAUGGUUCUGUUUCGGUAUCAGAUGGAAGGGAAAAAUUAAGGCUUCAAGAGGAAAGAUAUUGUUUUGAUGACAUACCUCAAAAGAAACGGGAGCUAGAUGGUUCUGUUGCAGUAUCAGAUGGAAGGCCAAAAAAGUCGCAGAAAAUAAGGCAUGAUGGUAGAAAAGAUAUUGAACCUAUCAGAAGUCCUAGAGACAACGUCGCUGGAGGGGAACUCUAUUCCCAGAAGCCUAGCCACACUGAUAAGAAACAAGAUCUGCGGAUACCAAGAUUUUCGGAAGGGAAAGGGACAAAACUUGCAACUGAGAAAGAUUAUUUCAAGAAACCCAACUCUGAUUGUAAAUCAAAACUCACUGAGGGGAAGGUAUUGACCGAUGCAAAUUACAGAAGACAUUAUCGAGUCUUUGAAGUGACCCAAAAGCCAGAUGCGGAAGAAAACAAAUGGUACCGAGAUCUUCCUUGGGAAGAAAAUGUGAGGUGUGCAGAAGAGCAAGGGAAUCUGGUUCUCCUUCGAAACUUGGACCCGACUUAUACAUCUAAAGAAGUGGAGGAUAUAGUCUACUCUGAUUUGAAUGAGCAAUGCACGGCGAGGAUUAUAGAGCGGACGUCAGCUACCAUUCCUCAUAUUGGUGAAGCUUUGGUGAUAUUCAAGACAAUUGACGCUGCAAAAAGGGCAAUAAGAAGACUAUAUGAGGGAUGCUUGUUGCUAUCAAAUGGAAGGAUACUUGUUGCUACUAAUACUAAGGUGAAUCCACCAACGAAGCCUCCAUUCCAGUUCAGUGGCCAUAUUAAACCUAGAGCUCAAAUGCGACAAAAGAGGACAAACGCCGUGGCUACAUCACAUAGUUCUCAAACUAACUCCGUUGGAUUUGAGAUGGGCUUGGAUUGGGUCUUGUACCAAGACAGAUGCGAGCUGACUUGGAAGAGGAUAUUUGAGGUAAACAUUGAUCACCACUAG